CUUUUCGACAUUCUUUCUUUGAGAAACACUUUUCUGCUCAACUUCCAUGAACCCUCAUUCUCAGUAGAAAAAGCAUUCAGAUCUGAAGCUUUUUUGCUCAAUAUCUUUAGUUUUACUUUUAUCAGAUGAUGCAAAGGCCUCCAAAUGAAGAUUUUUCUCUCAAGGAGACUAAACCGCACCUUGGUGGAGGGAAAGUCACCGGGGAUAAGCUCACUAGCACCUAUGACCUCGUGGAACAAAUGGAAUACCUAUAUGUUCGUGUAGUGAAAGCAAGAGAAUUACCUUCUAAGGACAUUACAGGUAGUUGUGACCCAUAUGCUGAGGUUCGGUUAGGAAACUACAAGGGCACGACUCGUCAUUUUGAGAAAAAAACGAACCCUGAAUGGAAUCAGGUGUUUGCCUUUUCUAAAGACAGGAUUCAGUCAUUUGUUCUUGAGGUUACUGUGAAAGAUAAGGAUGUAAUGAAGGAUGACUUCAUUGGUCGGGUUUUAUUUGAUCUUAAUGAGGUUCCAAAAAGGGUCCCGCCCGACAGUCCUCUGGCCCCACAAUGGUAUAGAUUGGAAGAAAGAAAAGGGGAAAAACUUAAGGGCGAGCUUAUGUUAGCUGUGUGGUGGGGUACUCAAGCAGAUGAAGCAUUUCCUGAAGCAUGGCAUUCAGAUGCUGCAACUGUUGGUUGGUCCGAUGGUGUUGGUAAUAUUCGGUCAAAAGUGUAUCUUUCACCUAAGCUUUGGUAUCUUAGAGUUAAUGUGAUUGAAGCUCAGGACUUGAUACCAAAUGAUAAAACUAGGUUUCCUGAAGUUUUUGUGAAAGCUAGUCUUGGAAAUCAGGCUUUGAGAACAAGAGUCUCUAUGAACAAGUCUAUGAACCCGUUAUGGAAUGAAGAUUUGAUGUUUGUAGCUGCAGAACCAUUUGAAGAGCCAUUGAUUUUAAGUGUUGAAGAGAGAGUUGCACCCAAUAAAGAGGAAUCUCUUGGAAGGUGUGCGAUUCCGUUACAGCAUGUUGACCGGAGGUUGGACCAUAAAGCUUUAAACACUAGAUGGUUUAAUCUUGAAAAACAUAUAAUAGUUGAGGGUGAAAGAAAGGAAGUUAAGUUUGCUAGCAAAAUUCAUUUGCGGGUUUGUUUGGAAGGUGGUUAUCAUGUUCUUGAUGAAUCUACUCAUUACAGUAGCGAUCUUCGACCCACUGCUAAACAACUUUGGAAGAAUAGUAUCGGUGUUCUUGAAGUUGGAAUUUUGAGUGCUCACGGGUUGACUCCAAUGAAGUCAAAAGACGGAAGGGCAUCAACAGAUGCAUACUGUGUAGCCAAAUAUGGGACUAAAUGGAUAAGAACAAGAACUAUCGUAGAUAGCUUUGCCCCCAAAUGGAACGAGCAGUACACUUGGGAGGUUUUUGAUCCAUGCACUGUUAUAACCAUUGGUGUGUUUGACAACUGUCAUUUACAUGGAGGAGAUAAGGCUGGUGGAUCCAAAGAUUCAAGAAUUGGGAAGGUUAGAAUUCGCCUGUCGACCCUGGAAACGGACCGUGUUUACACUCACUCAUAUCCGUUGUUGGUUUUGCAUCCGACUGGGGUGAAGAAAAUGGGUGAAAUUCAUUUGGCUGUGAGGUAUACAUGUUCGAGUUUACUAAACAUGAUGCAUAUGUACUCACAGCCAUUGUUGCCCAAAAUGCAUUAUAUUCAUCCAUUAACUGUGACACAGCUUGAUAAUUUGAGACACCAGGCUACACAAAUUGUGUCCAUGCGUCUCAGCCGGGCCGAGCCACCACUGAGAAAAGAAGUUGUGGAGUAUAUGCUGGAUGUGAGUUCUCAUAUGUGGAGUAUGAGAAGAAGUAAAGCUAAUUUCUUCAGGAUCAUGUCAGUCUUAGGCGGGCUGAUUGCAAUUGGAAAAUGGUUUGACCAAAUCUGUUACUGGAAGAAUCCGAUAACUACUGUUCUUAUCCACAUCCUUUUCUUGAUAUUAGUUCUGUACCCUGAGCUUAUUUUACCAACCAUCUUUCUCUAUCUGUUCUUGAUUGGUAUUUGGUACUACAAAUGGAGACCAAGAAACCCGCCCCACAUGGAUACUCGCCUUUCUUGUGCUGAUAAUGCCCACCCUGAUGAACUAGAUGAAGAAUUCGACACGUUCCCAACUUCACGCUCACCAGAUCUAGUGAGAAUGAGAUAUGAUCGUCUGAGAAGUAUUGCUGGAAGGAUUCAAACAGUGGUUGGUGAUUUGGCAACUCAAGGAGAAAGACUUCAGUCUUUACUUAGUUGGAGAGACCCGAGAGCUACUGCAAUAUUUUUAAUUUUCUGUUUUGUUGCCGCCAUUGUUCUUUACGUCACGCCUUUCCAAGUUGUUGCUCUUAUCUCGGGCUUCUAUAUGUUAAGACACCCGAGAUUCCGUCAUAGGCUUCCUGGGGUGCCUCUCAAUUUCUUUAGAAGAUUGCCUGCAAGAACUGACUCCAUGCUAUGAGCAAACUCUAUGCAAUAAAGUUCAUGUAAGGUGUAGAAUCAGGAACGUUUAUUCUUCCUCUAAUUCAUGGACGGCUUAAACACAUCCAUAGUGUUAUAGCAUCUUUAGAUUUCUUAAGAACUAUACUUUGCCAAUCUGCGAAUCAUCUUUGGACUUGUAGUUUUCUAUAUUUUUGAUUUGAAUCUAUCUGUAGCUGUUAUUAUUGGUAGUCAUUUACAUUUGAACUAGCAAUGAAUCUUUGA